UCUUGUGGGUGUGAGCUGCGAACGGAAUCUGAAUUUUAACAAACGGGAACCGAAUUGUUUUCAAAUAGCUAGCUGUGUUCUCGACAUUGUUUGUUUGCUAAUAUCUGUUUCAUUUUGAUCAAAUUUGUCGUCCGUUAAGACGUCAAUUAAAGACUCAAAACGAGAAUUGAUGGUUCUUGCUCUCCGUUCCUGUUGGAUUUGACCUGCUUAGCUACUGAAGUCCUGAUCAGGAUUCGCGGUCUGUCAAUGAGGAACUACAGGCUCAUCUUUUGCCAUAACCUGAAGCAGCCAUAGAUGACCAUUCGAUUCACUGCUAGUGAGUGGUGCUGAAGAUAAGGUGAACUGCUGGGUGUUUUAAGUGCUGAACGACCUUCGGAAGCAGCUCGGCUGUGGAAGCGAUGAGGAAGAGCCUCUCUCCUUCCCCCAGCAACUCCCUGACACCAGCCAGGGUUUUUGGGGUUCCCCUAGAUGAGGUGCAGCAGAGCGGCCAGCCAGGCCAGGAGGUCCCCCUACUGGUCAGGCACAUCGUAGAGUACGUCGAAGAGCAUGGGCGUCUGGAUCUGGAGGGGUUAUUCCUGGUCAACGGUAACGCGGAGCGGGUGGAGUGGCUACGGCAGCGCUAUGACUCUGGGGAGGUGGUGGACCUGGAGAAAGAGGCUGACCUGGCCUCGGCCGUCAGCCUGCUCCGUCUCUUCCUGCAGGAGCUCCCAGAGCCCAUCAUCCCUGCAGGCAUGCAGGCCCACAUCCUGCAGCUCUACCAAGACUACAGCAGUGAGGAGGAGCUCGCCCGCAACAUGAAGUACUUCCUCCAGCAGCUGCCUCAGGUCAACUACAGCCUGCUGCGCUUCCUGUGCCGCUUCCUGUCCAGCGUGGCCUCGCUCCAGGAGGAGAGCUGGAGCAUUGGAGCCCUCGCCGCCGUCUUCGGACCCGACAUCUUCCAUUUAGACACAGAUGUGGAGGACCUGAAGGAGCAGGAGUCAGUGAGCCGCAUCCUGGCGGAGCUGCUGGAGAAUCAGGAGGAGUUCUUUGACUCGGAGGACGAUGACGUUUCUACCACCAACGACUACAGUUCCAUCAACGAACAGAUCACAGAACUCCUGGACGAUGACAAAUUAGAGGCGUUUGAGGAGCUGCCCCAAGAUGGCGAGGAUGGCCCCCCUUCCGCCUCUGAAUCCCCCCAACACAGUAACACCCAGGUCCAAGUCACCCCCUCCAGCAUUAUAAAGAGGACCAUCCAUGCUGCAGUGGGACAGCACUUCUUUUACCUCAAGAGCUCCAUCGACAAUGAGAUCAUCUAUGAGAGCCAAGGGGCAGGCCCCAGUGAGAGGCCGGGGCCAUGCGAGGGCCAUGGUGAAGAGGGCCUGUGUGAGAGUGAGGAGGGCCCCACAAGCAGUCCCCUGUCAGCCCCAGAGACGGAGCAGCACUCAGAGCACAGCCCUGAGGCCCAACAGGAGGUCCAGGAUUGUGACUCCCAUAACGCCGCCCUGGAGGAGAGUUCUGGAAUGGACCUGGACCACGCCGAGGCUCUCGUAGACGCAGAGAACAAUAUCAACACAGCCAGGCAAGAAAACCAAGCCUGUGAAAAGAUGGACCAGGCUGAUCUCAUCGCCUGUGUCUCUGAUGUGUGUGAGUGUGACCAGAAUGCCAACACAGACGCCAGGGGGUACCCCUCUCACCCUGCCAGCUGCCCCAGCUCCCACCACCUCCACCGCAUCUUCCCCCACAGCCAGUGGGAAGCACCAUCCCCAAACCAUCUCCCCCUCAUAGACUUCACAUGUAUGCACCUGCAGGGGAGAGGUCAUGACCCCGUGCCAGCCUUCAAGUCAUGGCAGGAUGAGAGUGACUCUGGUGAGGCCCAGCUGUCCCCCCUGGCCGGGCGCAUGGUGCCCCUGCCCCACGAGGAGGACUCCCAUCCCCUCAUGGCCCGCCGCUUCCUGGACUUUGGCUACAGCCAACGCUUCCUGCAGCACCCCGACGCAAACUCGCCCACUAAAGCCCACCAGUCCCUGGGGAGGCCUCACCGUGCCUCCUUCACUUCCAAAGAGAGCGCUGUGAGGAACGACUCGGUCCCCCACCAGCUCACCAAAAAGCUGCAGAACCUCAAGAAGAAGAUCAAACAAUUUGAGGAACAGUUUGAGAAAGAGAGGAACUACAAGCCGUCUCAUGGUGAUAGUGCAGCUAACCCAAAGGUCCUCAAGUGGAUGACCGACCUCACCAAAAUCCGCAAACAGUUAAAAGGAAGACAGCAUCUCUUUCUCAAAGGGUCCCUGAGGCACCAGGCGGUGCUUCAGUCAUACAGACGCCACCACACCUCCUCCACCUCCGCCCCGAACACACCCCAUUUUACACUUGCACGCCCCCUCACUGCCUCUAAACAGACACCCUACCUAUAUGCCAAACACAAGGAGGCUGAGCUGACCACUCAGACGCGGCCACGCAGCAACACCUUGCCCAAGAGCUUUGGUUCCACCCUGGACCAGGCAGGCCACGAUGUUGGUGGAGAGGCCAAGGGCCACCUACCCACUAGAGAGGAGACCCUGAACCUCAUCCAGCGCCGCGUCAAAGGCAAGAGAGAGGAGGACGGCUGGCCAGAGGACACCAAGAAAAUGACCAAGGAGCAGCUGUCGUGUGAGAAGACGGUCCUACAGAAGAACCUCCUGCACUAUGAGGGACUCCAUGGUCGACCUGUGACCAGAGAGGAGAGGCUGGUGGUCAAACCGCUGUACGACCGCUACCGUCUGGUCAAGCAGAUGCUCACCCGCGCCAGCAUCACCCCCAUCAUCGCUUCCCCCUCCAGCAAGCGUCGCAACCACACCCUGAAGCCCAUCAUCGAGGGAGAGACUGCCCACUUCUGUGACGAGAUUGAGGAGGAGGAGGAGGAGGGUGAGGUGGAGGAAGAGGAGGCCACAGCCAAGGAGGAGGAGGAGAGCAGUGUGGAGCUCCAGAGCUCGGGGUCGGAGGUGAUCAUGGCUCUAGACCCAGUGUUCCAGCCCCAGACCAGCUCCCAGAGACACAGAGACAGCCUGCUCAGGCCCAAGAUGGAGGAAACCUCCGGGAAACUGGCCCUGGACCUGCGCCUGUCCAGCGCCAACGCCUCGUCAAUGCCUGAGCUCCUGGAGCAGCUGUGGAAAGCCCGGGCUGAAAAGAAGAAGCUAAGGAACACCAUCCGUCAGUUUGAGGAUGAGUUCUACCAGCAGAACGGCAGGAACGUCCAGAAGGAGGACAGGCUACCCAUGAUGGACGAGUACAAAGAGUAUAAACGGAUCAAAGCCAAACUGCGCCUGCUGGAGGUGCUCAUCAGCAAGCAGGAUUCCUCUAAGUCUAUCUAGAGAGAGAAGAGGGAGGGAGGCCACCCUGCUUCCCUCCAUCCACCUGACUGAAGGUCCCCCAUCUCACCCCUACAUGGCCCCUCCCUUAUCAACCAUCCUCCUACCUGCACCCCUGAGAGACGGCACAGCAUCCACCGUAUCUCACUACUGUCUCCCCAAGACCACCCAUCAGAUUCUGCCAUCCCCAGCUAAUGUUCAGUGUAGGCUCCUUUCUAAGGACUCUGAUGAAGAAGAGACAUCUUCAUCCCGCCAGUCAAGACUCGACACACCCUUUUGAUUUCUUUCUACCUGUUUCAUUGAGGAAUUUCCUCUUUAGAGUUUAGUUUUUGUUUAAACUUAAUUUGUUUCAUUAACUUCAUGUAUGGUAGUUUCUCAUACUGAGAAAUCCUAUUUGACAGGAGCGUGUAGUGUGUUGUAGUCGCCCGGCCACAAAAUGAACUCUCCCUCUGAGCAAGGACAAUGCUCAUUCUAUUUCAGAUAUUGAUUCAGUUAACCAACUCCAUCGUCAUCAUUCAACACUAGGAUGUUUUUUGUGUCGUCUUGAGUGAGAUUGUUUGGGAAAAAGUAAUUAAUUAAUGUAUGUUUUCUUGUACAUAAAUAUUUACACAUGUUUGUAUGUUACAGUAUGUCAUUUUUCUUUAAUGAAGAGAUUCUCUCAAGUUUGAAAACGAACUUAGUUUUAAGUGUCUUAUGCUAUUCCAAUUGUUAAAUUAUUACACAAUUGCCACUAUGGAAACUGAGCGAGUUUUAUCAGUUGGGACUGGUUGGGCUCAUCCUUUCUGUUUUUAUAUUUUAAUAUUCAGUCAUCACUGAAAGGAGUUUGACACAUCAGGUGGGCAGGACAGCCAGUUAGGUUCAUCACUUAGCAUUGUUACCUUAACCGUCUCCAUUUUCUGGCAAUAAGGCUGGACGGCUUGACUUUAGCAUAUAAAUAUGUCCCAAUUUAUUUUAUUUAUAUGCGUUCCAUUUCAGUUGCAGAGUGGAUCUUUGUGAGGUGUCUUAUUGAGUUGGCUCUGAUCUAAAGCUGUUCCAACUGCAUCAGUAUUAUGCUAAAUACAGCAUAUGGCAGUGUUAGGGCGUGAUGACACUGGUUGGUGGAGUGUAUGGGAUAUGUCCCAUAAUGAGCCAGAGUUUUUAGCCAGGCAAUGUAGAGCCAGGUCAUUGUCAGGUUCUGAGGAGUUGUCUGACCACAGAGCUCUGAGAAGCCUUUACCACGGCCAAGCAGAACCAAUAGCACCUCGACCCCUGACAUCAACAAUUUGACCCUGUCCCUAUUUAUCCCAAAGUUCUUAAGGGCUUCAUUCGAAAGGUCACAUGCAACUACAACAGAGUCAAAAUGAUGCAUGUUGGGAAUGACACUGGGGUGUGUCUGGUCUUUUGGCGUCAUGCCUCCUGCCUGCCACUCCGUAGAUAUUAUCGACCCCAACCUUUUGACCCCUAGCUCAACUAGCAGUCAGCCUCGCGGCAGCCUCACAUCACUAUCCUUCAGAAGCUCUCUGGACUUGACAAGACCAAGCAGGAACUUUGUCUGUUCAAUUGACUAGUUCUAGUCCUGGCGAUAAAAUACACAAACCAUUUAAGAUCUGUUGUAGACUAGAUGCCUACGCACUCCUUAGGGCAGGGUGGGGAAUUACUGCUGUAUGCUAGUUGUCCAGGAAUGGUUUGGAAUGAGAAGACAUCCCCAGUGGCACUGACUUUAAAGAUCUGCAUCUGUUUCAGCAGGUAGAAUAAUGUCAGACCAACACACCCAGAAUGACGGAAUCUAGGCUUGCCUGAAGGACGUUUGCGCUGAACCAGGAGUUUGGCCUUCGUCUCUCACUGGGACAAAACAAAGUCCUGUAACCUUUGUUUGAGUUGGCAGGGUUUGGUAUACUGUAUGUACGGGUGAACAGUGUGGAGAGGUUCUAGAAGUUAUUUGCACAGCAUUCUGAGAAUGCAGCCCUUGUUUUGUUUGUAGAUUUGUUCCUUUGUUUUAGAAGCACAAUUUAUAUUGAAGGAUGAACGUCAGAAUUUGUAUUAUUUUUAACACGUUUGACCCGUUUUACUUUCUGUGAUGUUCAAACAUGAGAAUGUGUUGUUUUUUUUAUGACCAUUAUUUAGUAUAAUCUUUUUUGUAACCUCUCACUAAUAUAGUGUAGAAUCUCUAUUGAAUAGGAAUCUUCAGUGUUUUGUAUAAGCUAGACUGUAGUUGGCUUGCAUGGCAAAGAUUUGUAUUGUUUCUAUUUUUGUGCCAUGAAGAUCAAGCAAUAAAUUAGUGUUGAGGCCUGUAUCAAUGGAAUGUGGGGCCUUGUUAACCCUGUAUGUGCAUUUUCUGAGUAUACGGCUGAUUCAUGUUUAAUCUAUUACUGGAACUAGCUGUUUUCUACCUUGCAGACCAACCCAUGAAACUGUCACUUGACUAUAACUGCUGUGAGAGUAACACUGCGACUCAGUUUUCUGUCUGCUAAAUCAGCAUUUUUAUAAUUUUUGUUGUCAGCAUAAUGUUGUUUGGGGCACUGCUUAAACCAAAUGUGACAAGAUUAUCAAUGUGGAGACAUGGAUGGAGGCACAUUUGGACCGAACAUUCCGAUUUAUAUUAUUUAAAAAGGAAACAAGUGAAAUUGGUCGAUCGAUUUGUUAUUUCCAUGUCAAAUUCUCAAGGGCUUUUUUACUAGAUGAUUUUUGCAUUGUGCCUGCAGAGCCUGUUCAUAGUCCCAUGCCAUCCCACGCAUGUUUGUUUUCCUGACCCAGGUGGGCCGGUGGCAGGUUGCAUCAACUGACCAGCCAAUCAGCAACCGGCUCCCAGCGCUUCUAUCUAUCUGUGGACCUGUGUUUUUCAUCUAUACUGAACAAAAAAUGUAAAAGCAACAUGUAAAAUGUUGGUUUCAAGAGCUGACAUUAAAGAUCCCUGAAAUG